AUGAACCACUGGUGCACAUUCAAGGACUAUAAAUGGGUCGAAGAGAACCUACCAAAGCUGACCGAGCUGGACCUAAGCGACUUACAGGAUACCAUGUUCUGCGAUGAUGACUUCUUCGAUGGCUCCCAUCCCACUACCGACAUUCAGGGAAACCCAUCGACGAUAACCAAGGACCUCGAGACGUACGAACAGUUGCGCAGCCUCAAGGCGCUGUGGGGCCGUCUCGAGAAACUUUGGGUCAGGCACUGGGGCUGCGACCGGCUGCACAACUGGAAGCACAGGUCCGACGACUACGACAAGACCGACGCCGAUGCGGAAAUCCGCAGCCGUCGCAAGGCGGAGGCGGCCGACUUGGACGUCACGUCAGUGAUCGCGGAGUGCAGCAAGCUCCGGACACUUGCCAUCAGGGGGCCCUCGCUCAGUCCGGCGCUGAGCAGACUGUGGCGUCCGCGUCGAGCGUGCGCAGAGGACGACGGAGGCUCGCACGCGCAUUUCUGCACAAUCGUAAAGGGACUCGAGGACAACGCACCGGACUCUCUGCGGGCGAUUGAGUUCUACCAGGCUGAGUUUGCGCCGCGCAUGGUUGGGAUGUUGCGGGAGCGGACGAACAUCAGAAGGGUCUCUGUCUCUUUUGGAGAUGUGCUUCGUCGGUUUGCCUCGGGGCGGGAAGCGGAUGUUCGUAGAGACGAUGCGGGCGAGGAUGAGGUCGAAAACGUGGUGCUUUCAGGAAGCCAGUCAACUGCUCGUGAUAACGCCUUGUGCGAGUACGAGAAAUCAACCGAAGGAGUUGAGAAAGGGCGAUUUCACGAGUCACUCGCUGUGGAGCUGUUUCCACCGCAGAGGACAGUCAGACAACUACAGAACGGAGAGACCAGGGAUUAUCUUCACCAAUGGGCAAAUAGUCAACUACCAGCAGAGAGACAACCUGGGCCUGACUACGUCUUGAACGACAAAAGUGCACUGGUGGCGGAAUACCUGCUGACCAACAGACAUGAGAGCCCAGUCCCCGGCUUGAACCACUUCCUGAUCCAGUUGGCCGACGCUUUCAAUCACUGCGACAGCCUCUCUUGCAACGAUCAAGAAUUCAUGAACGAGAUCCCCGUCAGCCCUUUCUCCUUCAUCAGCUCAGGCCCGCAUCUUUCACAGUCCUCCCUCACCGGCAUCUUCGGAGACGCGAAAGACGACCGAUCCAUCCAAGCAUUCCGCCUCCUCCACCAGCGCUUCGGCUGGGCACCGCUCUGGGACGUCGAUCCCCUCUUCGACGCCCACAACUUCCCAUGGAACGUAGGCAUCGAGCUCCCAACACUUGAGGGGGAAGACCAAACGCAAACCAUCGCCCGCCGCCUCGUCGCCCCCAUCCUCGGCGCCCUCCACGCACUGUCCCACGCCGGCAUCCCCGUCCGCCUCCUCGUCGGCAACCGGCCUCGCUCCUGUUUCCCCAACGCAGGCCUGUACUGGGGCGCCACCGUCGUGGGACAUCCCGCCGACCGUGACUACGCCUCAUGGCUCACCAUCCCCGUCGACGAUGCCGACCUCGUCCGCCGUGACGACGGCUCGUCGCGGCGUACUACUACUCCCUCGGCUACUGCCACGGUGGCAGAGACUCAGCCGCUGCGAAAGGAAGAAGAGGGGAAGGAGAAGGAGAAGAAGGGCCGGCAGCUCGCCCUCGAUGCAGCCGCCGGCGCCGAUUCCGUCGACACAUCUACCACGACGUCGAUGAUGACGACGGCCGCCGCCACUGCCGCCGCCGAUCCCAACACCAUCGCCGCGUGUGCGGACGAGCUGGUGAUCCGCUACCAAGACUGGACAGGACCAGUAGCGGAGGAAGAAGGAGAGGAGGAAGGAGAAGAGAAAGAAAAAGAAGAAGAACACGGCCUAACCCCAACCCCAACCCCGGCCUCAGCCCCAGCCCCAGCCCCAACCCCAACCCCAACACCAGCCGCCUCCUCCACCCCCGCCAACCCAAACCCAAACCCAAACCCAGGCCCCGACCACCGCAGCGCCAUCUUCCUCGCCCGCGAGGCCCGCGGCUGGCAGGCGUGGUGGCGGCGGGCGGCGCUGCGCUUCACGCGGCUGCGCCGGCUGCGCGUGCGCAUGCCCCGCUGCUUCGACGCGUACGACAGCCCGAGCUUGGCGGCGCUGUUGCUGUUGCUGGUGCCAUUGCCGCCGAAGCGGCGGGGCUCGGGACGGCGGGGCUCGGGACGGCGGGACUCGGGACGGCGGGACUCGGGACGGUGGAGGGAGGGGCAGCGGGGAGGUGGGCAGCAGGGAGAUGGGGGGAGGUGGGGGAGGUGGGGGGUUGUGUUUGGGAGGGGGGAGGUGGUCGGGGCGGGGGAUGGGGAGGGAGAUGGGAGGGCGGUUGAGAGGGGGGAGGGUGGGGUGGAGUUUAUCGUGAGGGAGUGGGCGAGGAGGGGUGGGGCGAGGGAUGUGGUGUUUGAGGAGGGGCCGGAGGAAGAGGGGGAGGAGGUGAGGAGGAGUAGCGACGGGGUUGUGGCGGAGGAGGAGGCCGCCGUGGCAGGGUGGUGGAGGGAGAUGAGGGUGAGGCAGGGGAGGAGGUUGUGGAGGGAGUUUGUGAGGGUUGCAGAGGAGUUGGGUUUGCUGGAUGAACGCAUCUCGUCGACAGUGGUGGGUCGGGGCGAGACGACGUCGACUACGCAAGUCAAAGCGACUCCAGGCGACGACGACGACGACGACGACGACUACGACGACGAAGGGUUGGACCAGCUGCUGUUUGGUGAAUCCUUUGCGGUUUCUAAUGGCCAGUUACAAGUGCCGGAAACGCAGCCUCCUCGUGUUCUUACUCCCAUCACGCCAGAGAAGACCCCGACACCUCCGCCAGAGCAGAUGCCGUCUUCUACGCCAGCACCGACCCCGCCACCUCCGUUAGAAGCACCGGAGAUCUCGCUUGUAUCGGCAGAGGUGAAGCAGAGCGAAGAUGUGGCGGAGCUGAAGCCGUCGUCCAAUCCAAAAAGACCUCGAAAGAGAGGCGCCACUCCGAAGAAGCAAUCCAAUGCCGGCAGCAAGCGGACGAGAUUGAGUAAGGAUCAAGAGCCUGAGAUAAUGGAAGGGUCGUCUCCUCCGCCGCCCAAGAAGGCAAAGACUAGGAAGAAGUCGAGAUGGGAGAGGGAGUUGGAGUUGCUCCAAAGUUGA